UAUUUAUUUAACCUUUUUCUUUUGGCUACAUCUGAUUGUGAGCUAUAUGUCAAGGAUAACUCUUCCCCUUCCCAAAUGCCUCCCGACCCUUCCCAAGCACUUAGCUCAUAAUGAUUUCCAUGGAGCUAAUUAUUGUAAAUUCUUUUGACUAGUUUUUCAUUCUUAGUGGUCCUUCUUAUCACACUUGUCAUGAUCUUUGGAAAGGCUUCUCUGUGUUUGUUUUCUCAAAGAUUAAUUCAUUUCGGUCAGGAAAAACAGAGAAGGAAUUUCCUUGAAACAUUUUGGGAUCAACACUGCACCCACCUUAUUCUGCAUAACUCCUCUUAUGUUUGUUGUUCUUAUCAAUUUCUUUUGUUUACAUUGGUUUGCUUCCUCAAUUGGUUACAGAGUAGUUGUUCAUCAAGGCGGCUUACGAAUGCCAGCGAAAUGGAAUAAGGAGAGGCUUCUAGCUGUUGAAAAAUUAUAGAUUGUAUGUAAAUAUUAUUUUGAGAACAGUGCCUCCCAACUGUCCUGUAUCCCUUUUAUUUCUUCCUUGGCUUUCCUUUUAUCUUGUUUACUGGUCCUGGUCAGCCAGAUAUCCACAAAUUGAAGAUUACCUUUGAAGGCAUUUAACUGGCUUGUAUCUAUUAAUCAGUGGUUUAUAUUUAGUAGUAGAAUUCCCUUAUAUAUUUUUUCUAUCUUCAUGUUAUUAUUAGC